CCUCUGUUUAAGACCGUCGGUGGCGUUCCCGUAUCAGAUCUACCGCGGGCGGCAAAAGACGACGCGGAUGACGAGGAGGAGGAGGAGGAGGAGGAAGGUGACGAGAUGACCCUGCCCGUGAGACAACUGAAUGUCGAAAAUGCGCGCCGUCAGCUGAAAACAGUUAUGGACGAGCAGGAUAAGGCUCGUUGGCGAGAGCGUGUUCGUCAGAAACAUCGGCUGGAGCGUCAGAAGGCCAAGGAAGCCAGAAAGACCCAACAGACUGAGCGGGUCUCCGCAACUAAUCCCACCCUCGGCUCCUCCGCUUCUGCCACAGAAUGCACCAUUCAUCCCACCGGGCCUGAAGAUCGCAGCGUGAAGGGUUUCGCCUAUUAA